AUGAAAGGCCCUGGUUAUUGUCGAAGCCACGGCUGGCUGGCUGGUGGCAAGCUGGUGGUGCAGCUGCGGCUGCGGUGGAGGAGGAAGCCAGCAUCAGGACUCAUCAGCGUCAUUAUUUAUCUCACCUCGGUCCUCAGAGUCACCAUAGAAUCUCCAGAUGCUGCCACACUGGUUGGUAUUAAUGACAGCCCGGUGGGACUUCUGCUGAUGAUAGAGAGGAAGAAAGGGAAAGGGUCUGGAAGCAGGGAUAGCCAUGACCAGGAGGAAGGAGGAGACUUGGCCCAGCCGGGCCUCAGCUUCCCGGGUCCAGCAGAAGAGGACAUAGACCAGCAGUACUCAUGGUCUCCAACGCAGCACUUCAAUGAAGAGAGGUACUCACCCGCAGCACCCAGGAACAUGAAAGGGUUAACCGGAAGCCGGAACCAGCCUCAGCUGUGUGCGGGUCACACCUGUGGCCUGUCACCCCCUGACGACUGCGAGCACCCCCAUGAUCACAUGCAUCAUGGGUCAGAUGUGCGGCAACCUUAUCUCCUCAGCCCAGCUGAGAGCUGCCCAAUGGAUCACCACCGUUGCUCGCCCAGGAGCUCCGUCCACUCAGAGUGCAUGAUGAUGCCUGUGAUGUUGGGUGACCACGUAUCCAGUAGCACCUUCCCCAGAAUGCACUACAGCUCACACUAUGACACAAGGGAUGAUUGUGCCAUGUCCCACACAAGUACAAAGGUAAACCGCAUCCCCGCCAACCUCUUAGACCAGUUUGAGAAACAGCUCCCCCUGCACCGGGAUGGUUUCCACACACUGCAGUACCAGAGGGCCUCGGCUGCCACGGAACAGCGGAACGAGAGUCCAGGCAGAAUCCGGCAUCUGGUCCACUCCGUCCAGAAACUUUUCACCAAGUCUCAUUCUUUGGAGGGAUCGUCCAAGAGCAACAUCAACGGGACCAAGAGCGACAGUCGUGUGGAUGACCAUCACCAGAGUCACCUUUCCAAACACAGCAAAAGGAGUAAAAGCAAGGAGCGGAAGCCGGAGAGCAAGCACAAGUCUGGUAUGAGCAGCUGGUGGAGUUCUGANGACAACCUGGACAGUGACAGCACAUACCGGACACCCAGCGUGGNGCACCGCCACCACAUGGACCACAUUCCUCACUGCUACCCUGAGGCGCUGCAGAGCCCAUUUGGGGACCUCUCACUAAAGACUUCCAAAAGCAACAGCGAUGUUAAGUGCUCAGCCUGUGAAGGCUUGGCCCUCACGCCAGACACCAGGUACAUGAAACGUAGCUCCUGGUCCACGCUCACGGUGAGCCAGGCUAAGGAGGCCUACCGCAAGAGCUCCCUGAACUUGGACAAGCCCCUGGUCCACCCAGAGAUCAAGCCUUCCCUGCGGCCAUGCCACUACCUCCAGGCUCAUGUCCCUUGUCUUCCUGGCCGCAGCUUCCACAGGAACUGCCUUGAGUCCCUCAGCACUGAACAAGAACUGAUGUUGAGCACUCAAACCCUCUUAGCGUUGGCAGCUGUGGAGCUGCAAGCUGUCUCCUACACAAAUUACAAGAAGACGCCUCCCCCGGUGCCUCCACGGACCACCUCCAAGCCUCUGAUCUCUGUGACAGCCCAGAGCAGCACGGAAUCGACACAGGAUGCCUACCAGGACAGCCGUGCCCAGAGGAUGUCCCCCUGGCCCCAAGACAGCCGUGGCGGCCUCUACAACUCCAUGGACAGUCUAGACAGCAACAAGGCCAUGAAUUUGGCUCUGGAAACAGCUGCAGCCCAGCGCCACGCGGCGGACACCCAGAGCAGCUCCACAAGGAGCAUCGACAAGGCGGUCCUGGCAUCCAAGGCUGAAGAGCUCCUCAAAAGCCGCUGCUCCUCCAUCGGGGUCCAGGAUUCUGAAUUCCCUGAUCAUCAACCCUACCCAAGGUCAGAUAACCCUUGA